CUUAGUGCCUCGUUUCAUUUUCUUCGUGCCUCGCUCAGCUCGAGCCACUCACCUCUACAUUCUUUGACUAAUAAUUCUGCUUGAUUAGGUUCGCACGUUUUCUGGCCGUAACCAUUCCGUUGCUCCUCCUUUUCGCCAGCCUGACGAAUCCGAAGAUUCUGUGAUUCGGCAGCAACCCUACGAUUACACUGUAGUAGUGGCUGCCUCGUACAAUGUCGUCGUCGUUAGGAGGUCCCCUCGCCAUGAAACGGCCCAAUGUCGCUCGGUUACAGAUUCCGGUGGAUGCGUCCUGCGACAAAGAUUCGACUUUUGAGUCGACUCAAAAGCAGAUUGCGGUGGGGGCGUCGUGCGACAAAGACCCGGUUCCGGCCACCAGCACGAACAAUGGAGCACACUCGAUUCCAGAUCAGCCUGGCGAACAGCAGACGGCGAACGGCGUCGCAUCAUUCUCGAUUUCGCAAGCAGCACGCGGCGAAGUCGGCGAAACGAGCGAAAUCAGUGACAAGUGUCGAAACUUCGCGGCAGACUCCUCCGCCGCGAAUCCCGCUGAUCCUCCACCCCCCCGCAGCGCGUCGAAGCACCGUCGAGCCGCGUCCGUAUCGCGUCCCGCGUGGCUCCUCGAGGAGCAAAUCUGCGCUGCGCUCUCCGCUCCGCCGCCCCCCGCCGCCGGCGCUCCUUCUCCGCGGAAUGCCGCCUCUGCCGCGGCGGCCUCCCCCAGGCGGUCGUGCUGGGCGAUCGCAUCUCCGCGGGUCGGCGCACACGGCAUGGCGGAAGGCUUCGGCGCGUGGGGAACGAGGAAAGGCGACCUGUGCGACAGCAGGAAUAGCAGCAAUGGCAGCAGCAGCAGCAAUGGCGGCUACAGCAGAUAUAGCAGCCGCCGUGUCGCGGACAAAGAUACAGCAGAUUCGAUAUCGUCAGAUCCGUUAUCUGUUAGGGAUAGCGGCGAGGGCAGCCGCUGUAUCACGAGAACAAGCAGCAGUAUCAAUCGCGUGAGACCGAGCUUCAGCGCUGACAUGCCCAUCUUUAAUAAGGGUGGCGGCGAUUCCAAGGGCAAGAGCGACAGGGUUGGAGAAGACGAGGGACACCUGCAAUGGCCGGUGCGGCCGUUGUUCGCUUCGCGCAGCGAAAGCAGCGAAAGUUACCCGUGCCUCGCCACUCCCCGGGCGAAUAGGGCUCGGCGAAGGUCCUUCGCGAGUGCCCCUUCUGGUAACCAGGACUGGAGUCUGAGGCCUGCACUUGCUUCCAGAUUGAGCCUAUCAGAAUCUUCGAAAUCUUUGCCCACUGCCGGUACUGAUGGUGCUGCUGCUGCUGCUGCUGACGGUGAUACCGCUGCCGCUGCCACUGCUGCUGCUGCUGCUGCUGCUGCUGCUGCUGCUGCUGCCAUCCCGGUUUCGGCUUUUUCCCAGUCCGCCAGCGCGCCCACAGCUUCCCUCACAUCCCCUCCCACCGACGUAACUCCAAGCGCUUCUGGAAUUGGGAGCGGGGCGGAGACGCCGAGACAACGCGCCGCCCGGAGCAUUUUCCCACGCGCCGUAUCGACUUCGUCCGUCCACGUCAGCAGCGACAGCGCAGGCAGGGGCAAGGGUGGGGGAGACAGCGGAGCGAAUCGGAGGAGAGGGUGCGGACGGGUGGCAGGUCGGGCUGGCUCAUCCCCGCUACAGCCGUCCCUGCUGCAAGCAGCUGUGUCGAUCAGCACUGUAGAUGCACCAGCAGCCGGCGAAACCUGCACCAGGCGAAAAGCAGUUUCACAAACCGGGGCAGGUUUGGGGAGAAGAGGGUCCUUGCUGGGAGCGCAAAGGCUGGGGCCUCUGCCGGAGCUGCGACAGCUGAGUGGGCUUUCAGAGAAGGUGCUUUCUGGAAUCUCUUCCCACAGAUCCGUGGCUUCACACAGAGAAAGGAGAUGUGGGCAAGAGGAGGAGGAGGAGGAGCACCAGCAUCUGGAGAUUUUUGAAUGGGAGAUGAUGGUGCCAAGGCAGCAGCAGCAGCGGCAGCUUCAGAGAGGCUUGUCUGCCCCCUGCGAUGAAAUCGACGGCUCUGUUUUCGAGAUGCUGGAUCCGGUGGAUGUGAUUGGCCCAGAUCCCCCAAUAAUGGACGGACUGGAUGCCCCUACCGGCGAAGCCGAGCAAUGAGGAGGGGAGGGGGGGCAAGGGGACCAGCUGCCGUCCUGUGAGUGUGGUGUGAAGCAAGGGAGGUGCGGAUUGCCUUCCUGUGCGAGUAAAACACAGGGCCAAGCUGAAAAGGGAUGUACCUGCUAGCUAACAUUACGGUAGAUGGAAUUUGGUGAUGUCAUGUGACUGAUGCUCAAGAUUUGGAUUGGUAAGUGUUUUAUAAGGGUGCAUUCAUGGUAUCAGACUGUCAAACAUGU